ACUUGUUCUGUUCUAACAGGUGUUUUCCCUGCCCUGCUUUGCUCAAGUAAGGAGUUACUAUGUGGACUGGCGGAUGCUCCGCGACGUGAAGCGAAGGAAAAUGGCCUUUGAAUACGCAGACCAGAGGCUGAGGCUGAACGCCCUUCGGAAAAACAAGAUUUUGCCUAAAGAACUGCAGGAAGUUGCAGAUAAAGAGAUUGCUGCCUUGCCCCGUGACAGCUGCCCUGUGAGGAUACGCAAUAGAUGCGUUAUGACAUCCCGUCCACGAGGUGUGGUGUGGCGAUGGCGGCUCAGCAGAAUUGUCUUCCGUCAUCUGGCUGACCAUGGCCAGCUCUCUGGAGUACAAAGAGCGAUGUGGUGAGCUACAAACAAGCCUUUUCUUCAAAGAAGACAAAACUAAGUUCCAUUUGAACUCCCACAAUCUCUAGUUUGCAGCAUACAAAGAGAAGGAAAUGACAACUACACCAUGGUGUAUAACUGCUAUACCGAAAUGGACUUGUUCAAUUUUGUCAAGACUUGUCAAACCACAGUUAUAUCAUAAAAGUGACCCAAAAAUAAAUUUCAAAUUUGUCUGUGUUUAAAUGUCAGGAUGUAAAUUAGAUGUAUGUAUUUCAGGGCAAUGUGCUGUAACAAACCUGAAAAAGGAACACCACAUGUAAUCAAACUAGCUCAUACAGAAUAUUCAGAUAACUCUAGUUACUACAUCUUUCUGAUUAGGUUAUUCAAAGGGCAACAGAAGGAGCUAGCACUCACAUGUCAUAGAGCACAGUACAAGAACAGUGAUUAGAAAUAAGGGGUUAAGUAUAGCAGGGACUUUGCUAAUGAUUUUUUCAGUAAAAGACCAAAGAAGCAGCAGUGUUCAACUACAAGCCCUAAAAUGCAGGGUUCUUGGUUAAGGGGAGUAUAAUUUUUGACUAUGGCAGGGAUACUCACAUUUUAUUCAGCCUGCGAGCAUUCCCAUGCUAUAUCACCACGCUACAUCAGAAUAAGAAUGAUCUGUUUCACUCUUUGCAAAACCAUUAUUCAAUGUAAUUAUCCAUUUCAGCAGGAGUUUAAGUCAUAUGCUUAAUGGGGUAGGUUGGUCUGCCAAAUGCUCUAGUUUGCAUAGCCAAUAGUUAGGGGUGAUGGGACUGCAUACCCUUGUAUUUGAAUGUCAUCUAGUCAAGAAGCUUCAGUGGCUGAAGAAUCUGAUAAGCAGUGUUUUGGCUUGCUUGGUCUAACACUGCAACUCAAAGUUGUCCUUAAAUGUAUUUUUUUCUGUCAACAAGUCUGAGUUGAAACUUU